UUUUUAGUCUGAGCAAUACGUUUAGUCAACUCUGAGCACUUGGAGCACAUCGACAUGGAGGUGCUUGUAAGCGGAAAACUUGUUCUGCUGCUAAUUGUAACCUGGCUGGGUGCCUUGGCAGUGGCAGAUAUACAAUGCGGGCGCCUAGAGGAGAGAUUGCUAUACACUGUCCUGGAGAAGACAGAGCCCUCGGAGAAUCCCUGGAUAGGCAUCCUGUGGGCUGACAAAGGCAAUAGCUACGAGAAUACGGCUUGCUCCGUUGUCAUCAUCAACGAACAGCACGUCCUCACCACUGCCACGUGUGUGAAGCGGUUCAAGACCCGGUCCGGAGACACCACAGCCGUGGCCAUGCUGGGCGUUUGGGACGAGACCAACUCGCCCGAGGAGGAACUGGCCUGCAACGAGAAGGAUUUCUGUGUGCCGGGCCCAGUGAUGUACAAGGUGGUCGACAUCAAGGUGCACCCGCAGUCGGACAGGGACACGGGCGACAACGAUCUGGCCAUCCUGCGGCUGGAGAGGCCAAUCGAGUGGACCCACUGGAUCCAGCCGAUCUGCUUGCAGGGCAGUUCGGAGCCGGAGACGUUGACCAACCGCAACCUGCACUACUCCGGCUUCAACCACGGGGACGUGUACAAGGGCAAGGGCCUGGCCAUGACCGUCUCCUCGCCCAAGUGCAAGCAGCUCACCUCCUCCAGCGUCUUUUUUCCCGAGAACCAGCUGUGCGGAUAUCCCGUGAAGCGGACCAAGUUCUAUCCGGGCUCGGCACUGAUGGACAUCGAGGUGCAGGCCGAAAAGCCGCAUAGCUUCUACCUGGUGGCGUUGCUGGUCCGCAAUGUGGAUGCCGGAGGGGCCACCACCCAGGUCUUCCAAAACGUGCGAAACGCCCGUUCCUGGAUACUCGAGAAUUCGAAAUAGAAAUGCAAAUACUCUCAAAUACAUUAUUGUACAACAUGAUUUGUGAAUACUUGAAAAUCAUUAAUAAAGUCGACUGACGAGGAA